AAUGACCCUGUCGGUGUCAGAAAGGACUGAAAGCCGGAAGGCGAGUGGAAGCCGGAAGUGGUAGGGGUCGCCGGGAAGUGUAGUCGGACUAGGUUACAAGGAGCUACAAGCAUGGCGGGAUUAGAGCUGCUGUCGGAUCAGGGUUACCGCGUGGACGGGCGGCGGGCCGGAGAGCUGCGCAAGAUCCAAGCACGGAUGGGCGUCUUCGCGCAGGCCGAUGGUUCGGCCUACAUCGAACAAGGCAAUACAAAGGCACUGGCCGUGGUCUACGGACCCCACGAGAUGCGGGGGUCUCGGUCAAGAGCUUUGCCAGACCGAGCCCUGGUGAACUGUCAAUAUAGCAUGGCCACGUUCAGCACUGGGGAACGGAAGCGACGGCCACAUGGUGACCGCAAGGCCUGUGAAAUGGGACUCCAGCUGAGGCAGACCUUUGAGGCCGCCAUCCUGACCCAACUAUACCCUCGUUCCCAGAUUGACAUCUAUGUCCAGGUGCUACAGGCAGAUGGUGGCAAUUAUGCAGCCUGUGUGAAUGCAGCUACCUUAGCCGUGUUGGAUGCAGGGAUCCCAAUGAAAGAUUUUGUGUGUGCCUGUUCAGCCGGCUUCGUGGAUGGCACAGCCCUGGCUGACCUGAGCCACGUGGAGGAGGCAGCGGGUGGACCACAGCUGGCUCUGGCCCUGCUACCCGCCUCUGGCCAGCUUGCUCUGCUAGAGAUGGAUGCCCGGCUGCAUGAGGAUCACCUGCAGCAGGUACUAGAAGCAGCUUCCCAGGCUGCCCGGGAUGUUCAUGCCUUACUGGACCGCGUGGUCAGGCAGCAUGUCCGAGAGGCUGCCCUGCUUCUUGGAGACUGACCCCAACCCUGCAAUAAAGUCUUUCAGCCCUUCCCUACAAGGCUGCUGCCUGCAUUGCCUUCAUUCUGCAUUUCUGUCAUCACCAGACCUUUUCUCCACAGGGGCAGCAAUCCUUCUUCUGUUCAGGGAUGGUUGUUUGAGACUUAGCAGGAUCGAUGGGCUCCACACAGGGUAAGCCUGCCAGAGGUGGCAGUGCUUAAUAGAGCAGUGUUUGAGAUGUGUGCAUGGCCUUCCCAUUUAAUAAGUGUAAGAAGGUUUAUAGUGGUCAGUGAUGCUUAAGAGGGGUCACUCAGCCUAGCACUUUACUUGUUGCUGUAUUUAAUUUGAUCAUACUCAAUGCUAAAGCAAUCCAGGAUCAUGAUUGAAUACUUUCUUACUAAUUAAUAAAAUGGACAUCUCAUUAA